UUUAUUAUUUUUUGGAAAUGAAAGAAAAAGCGAGUCAAGCACUCUGAGGAGGUCUAGCAGUCCCAAGUCGUCGCUAAGUUUGACAAAAAUGGCCGGCCUUCUUUGACCCGUCGAGCCUCUCAUUUCCUCACUUUUCUCAAAACCCACCCAAGGCUUUCCUGCAAAAGCAUCUCCAUUCACACACACCCAUGUCCAGUUUUUCCAAAAAAUAUAUAAAAAGUAGUUAUUGGAUGAAUAUAUCUGUAUGUAAAUCGUAUCUGCCGUUGCUUUUUUGUUGACCCAUGAAGUCCUUGUCUUUGUGGAAACAGGGGAAGCUCUGCUGUUGUUGAUUCAAGAAGCCUUCUUUGCGCUCUGUGAAUUUUCUGCGUUUGCGCUAGUGAACUUUCUCAGGGUUUGGUGUUGACUAAUGCUGGGGUUUUGCGGGUUCAGUAUCUUGAUCUCUGAUAUCACUAAGUAGCAAUUUAGGCGAUUCUGAUGGCUUUCUCAAUGCAUAUGUUGUUGAAUGGACGAGAUCCUGGCAUUUUUAUUGGCGGUGUCCUCUGGUUAUUGCUUAGUUGUAGUUUCAGCUUUGGUGUUGAGAGUGAUAUCAACUGCUUAAGAAGUAUAAAAGCAUCACUUCAGGACACUUUAGGUUACUUAAACUCUUCCUGGGAUUUCAACAACAACACUGAAGGUUUCAUCUGUAACUUUCUGGGAAUCGAGUGUUGGCACCCUCAUGAGAGCAAAGUUUUAAACAUCAAGCUUUCGGAUUUGGGACUGAAGGGCUCAUUUCCUAGAGGCGUAGCAAAUUGCACAAGCCUAACAGGGUUAGAUCUUUCAAGCAAUCAGCUCAAUGGACCUCUUCCUGAUGAAAUCGGUAAAAUCAUUUCGUUCAUUACAACCCUUGAUCUCUCAUCUAACAGCUUCACAGGGCCAAUCCCAACGAACCUUUCCAAUUGCACCUAUCUGAAUGUGCUUAAGCUUGACAACAACAAGUUCUCGGGUAGCAUUCCUCUACAACUUGGCCAGCUUGGUAGGAUUAAAACAUUUAGUGUGGCCAACAAUCAGCUGUCUGGCCAAGUCCCAACCUUUAGUAAUAAUGCAUCAAUUACAGCGGACUCUUACGCAAACAAUCCUGGACUCUGUGGGGGGCCUCUGAAGCAGUGCCAGGGGUCUGCAAAGAAGUCUAACAGUGUAGUUAUUGUGGGAGCUGGUGUUGGUGGUGCAACUUUUGCAGCAUUAAUUGUUGUUAUUGGCUUGUUCUUCUUUAUGCGUAGAGUGUCUGCAAGGAAGAAGGAAGAGGAUCCGGAAGGGAACAAAUGGGCAAAGAGUUUCAAGAAAACUAAAGGCAUCAAGGUUUCCAUGUUUGAGAAGUCAAUUUCUAAAAUGAAACUGGGUGAUCUCAUGAAGGCCAGCAACAAUUUCCACAAAGACAAUAUCAUUGGGUUAGGAAGAACUGGAACUAUGUACAAGGCAGUGCUCGACGAUGGCACCCCACUUAUGGUCAAGAGGUUGCAGGAAUCUCAACACUCUGAGAAAGAGUUUCUGUCUGAGAUGGCUACUUUGGGGAAUAUAGAACACCGUAACUUGGUUCCUCUUUUAGGAUUUUGCGUGGCGAAGAAGGAAAGGCUUUUAGUCUAUAAGUACAUGCCUAAUGGUACCCUCCACGAUCAGCUACAUCCUAUGGAUGCUGAUGGUGCGAAGAUUAUGGAGUGGCCAACUAGGCUUAAAAUUGGGAUAGGGGCAGCCAGAGGAUUAGCGUGGCUCCACCAUAACUGCAAUCCUCGAAUUAUCCACCGAAACAUAAGCUCCAAAUGCAUCUUACUGGAUGCAGAUUUCGAGCCGAAAAUAUCUGAAUUUGGCCUAGCUAGGCUCAUGAAUCCAAUUGAUACGCAUUUGAGUACUUUUGUGAAUGGGGAGUUCGGGGAUCUGGGUUAUGUUGCUCCUGAGUAUGCACGAACUCUACUUGCCACUCCAAAGGGGGAUGUUUACAGCUUUGGAACUGUUCUUCUUGAGUUGGUGACUGGUGAGAGAGCUACCCAUAUUGCUAAAGCUCCUGAAGACUUCAAAGGAAAUUUGGUGGAAUGGAUUAUGCAGCUGUCAAGCCAAUCUCAACUCCAGGAUGCGCUCGACAGAUCUUUGGUUGGAAAGGGUGUGAAUGAGGAGCUUUUCCAGUUUCUUAAAGUUGCAUGUAAUUGUGUGGUGCUUACUCCCAAGGAGAGGCCUACUAUGUUUGAAGUAUACCAGCUUCUAAGGGCCAUUGGGGAGAAAUAUAACUUCACAGUCGACGAUGAUAUAAUGAUGCCUACAGACAUCGGUGAUGGUGAAGGCAGAGGGGAACUUAUUGUUGCUCGAGAGAUGAAGGAGAUGAACUGAAAAAGGUAAGAAGAGUAUAUUAAUAUAUGGCCAGUACCCUUUUGUAAUUAUCUGUUUUUGUGUACUGUAAUAAACAUUAUUAUUACAUAUAUGAUUUAUGCUUUAGCUACUAUUGGACCUGCUUUUUUACAACAUAGAGCUGUAACAUCGCCCUCUAUAAUCUUUGAAUGUGUAUUUUAAGUCGCA